UUGGCUUACAGCGCGCAUAGGAUAUCUAGUUUUACACAUACGAUUUCGAUAAUGAGACGCACUUCACUCUGCAACAUUUGUUUCCGUCCGAAGCCAUUUUCGGGAAGGACCACCGAACAAGCUUGCACAUGGUGCUGUAUUAACAAUAAGAGCUACCAUGCUACCAAUGAAACCCACCUGCUGGGGUAAGCUGAUAGCCCUCAGGAGGUUGAGCUGGAGUCCCGCCUGCUCCUCGGGCAUCUUCACUCUCCCCCGCGAGCAAGAGCCCACAUCAUCCUUCUUGCGUCCCGGAAACUGCGGAAACGUCUUCUCCAAUGUCAGUCAAGGGAGGAAACGGUUCAGCUUGUCUGCGGCAGCCAUCGUUGAUGCAGCCCCAGCACCUGUACGACCGUAUUUACGCUUAAUAAGGCUGGACAAACCAAUAGGUACAUGGCUGCUGUACCUCCCGUGCACGUGGAGCAUUGCACUGGCCGCUGAGCCGGGCUCCCUUCCAGACUUGGGUAUGCUAACCCUCUUUGCUACGGGCGCCGUGCUGAUGCGAGGCGCCGGCUGCACCAUCAACGACAUGUGGGACAAAAACUUCGACCGGAAGGUGAGUCGGACGGCCACGCGGCCCAUAGCUUGUGGGGAUGUUUCCCGUGCGCAGGCCUUGGUCUUUCUGGGAGGGCAGCUUUCGCUCGCUCUCGGGGUGCUCCUCUGUCUCAACUACUACAGCAUCGCUUUGGGUGCUGCGUCCUUGUCUCUUGUGUUCACAUACCCGCUGAUGAAGAGGUUUACUUACUGGCCACAGCUGGUGCUCGGUCUGGCCUUCAACUGGGGGGCGCUGCUGGGCUGGGCCGCUGUCAGGGGUGCCUGCGAUUGGUCUGUGUGUCUCCCCCUCUACUUCUCCGGGGUCAUGUGGACGCUCAUCUACGACACCAUUUAUGCGCAUCAGGACAAGGAGGACGACAUUAAGGUAGGCGUUAAGUCGACGGCGCUGAGGUUCGGCGAGCAGACCAAACCUUGGCUGACUGGCUUCGCGGCAGCCGCAAUGGCUGGCCUGGUGGUGGUCGGGCUCUCCACUGAUCAGACCCUCCCGUACUACGGCGCCCUCACCGCUGUCACCCUUCACCUAGCGCGGCAGAUUUACACUCUGGACAUGGACAAGCCUGAGGACUGCUGGAAGAAGUUUGUAUCAAACAGAAACCUUGGACUUAUACUACUUUUAGGAAUCGUUGCUGGAAAUCUGUGGAAACAAAGACCAGAGACAUUAGCAUUAUAAGGCUAAAAACGACUGUAUUAGAAUUUUUUUUUUUUAAUUUAUUUAAUUUUUUUAACUUUUGCCUUUAUGCUAUUUUAAGAAUCCACAUAAAACAAAUAGACAAGAUGAGCACUUAUGGAGCGCAUUCGAUUGUGCUAGUUCUUCAGUCAAAAUGGAUUGGACAUUUAAUGUAUUCAAUGGCAGACAAUGAAUUAGUUCCUCUAUUAUCAGAGGGCUAAGAAAUUUGUGGUUUAAGUACUGUACACUAGUCUGUUGUCUGUCCCUUUAAACUGCAGAUGUGAAACUAGAGGCCUGGAGCCAGAUCUGGCCCCUCUCAUUUUGUGUGGCCCACUAAAGUAAAUCAUGUGAAUUGUGUAUCAACUUCAUGUGUCUCACUAAAAUGUUAUUGAAAUAUCUGAAGUCCUCAAUGAAAGGUAAAAAUUCUAUUAGAUAUAUAUAUAUUAAAACAUUUAAAAAAUUUGAAACAAGUAAACAACAUAUUUAUUGUUUGUGGUUUUGAAAUGUAAAUACAUUUGAAAAAAUUGUUUAAAAAAAAAAAAAAAAUUAAAGACAUACAGUGAUCCCUCGUUACUUCGCGCCCUCAGUCCUUCGCAUUUUUUUUUUUUUUUCAAUUAAAACAACAACAAAAAAGAUGUGCUGUCCGGGGCUGAUCGUGUAGUCCCAUUCUCCCUCUCCCUCCCUCUCCCUGCUCUUUUUUUGGUCAGGGAAUGAGUGCACUGCUGUUGCUUGUUAAGGUAAACGAUGAUUGACAGACCUUUAAUGUUUGGUUCUCUGGCAAGAUCAAAGCGCCGCAUGCGUCAAUCAUCGUUUAACUUGUUAACGCAUUUGCUCCCAAAAACGUAUAAGUACGUUCUAUUUUUAAUUGUUACAAUGUCCCAAAAACAUACUUAUACAUCUUUUAUGUUUUUUUUUCACGAGAGACAUCUCUAGGUUCUGAUGCAACUUCGCUCCAAAGCACAAUGCUCAAAAUUCAUUUUAAAGCAAUAAAACUGGCCACUGGAAGGCAGUAGCGCAUUUGGUAAGAACUCAUAUUGGACCAUGAAAGGAAGUGAAGAGAAAUAGUCAGGAAACGGAAGAAGUAAGAAGCGUGAGGAAAAAUGUGGAGAACACAAAAACACAAGGCAAAUGACACUGGAGGGGUGUUUUGGAAAGAAAACGACACAAGCGUCAAAGUGUAGCGGAUCAUGUUGUUGAGUCUGUGUUGCUCGUUGAGUAGAGUUCGCGUUUCCGUGUUCGGCCGCUCAUGUCUCUAGUGUCUCAUGACGCAGCCGGAAACGCGCACGGCUAAAUUGGUUCCCCCCCCAGGAACACAACAUGCCCCACACAAGUUCCCUAGGUGAAUUCUGUUGUGAGGUAGUGGUCACUAAAAAAGAAAGAUUCAAAAAAAUCUAUCAUGAUGAGACAGGCGGUGAUGAGGGAAAAGUUUACCCCGUCUGCUGAGACAGCCGCGGCCACAACAGCGUCAUCUCUCAGUUCAGUAGUUUAGUUAUAUGUAAAUACAUUGUUACUUUGCUAUCAAAAGCUGUAUUUGUGUUGUUGUUUAUGUUAUUUUGUAGAAGGAAAACAUUAUUCAAAUGUUUGGGAUGUCACAAAAGCAAAAAAUAGCUAUGUUAAAGUCCAAGUUAUGUUUGAAAUGUAUGCUUUUACAAAAAACUCUUUUUUUUUUCAUCAGAAAUUGGAAAAUUGCUCAAACUAAACUAUUUUCUAAUGCUGAUUUCUAAAGAAUGAAAAAAGGUAUGAACUUUUUUUUUCCUGCUGAAAGAAGAGUCUAAUCUUUCUUUUGGUGGGUUCCAUGUUUAUAUAGCAAUAGAAAAGAAUUUUCUGUGGGCCUUGCAAAAUCUGUCAAAAUCCAGUAAAAUGGCUGGGCGUGAACGAGUUAAACGGUUUCUGCGGCAACUCAUUGUAAGUGAGCAGCUGAGCGGAUUUGAGUGGACUCACUCAAUGAAGAAUUUAAUAAGCCAAGAAUUUUUCUGCUUUAUUCUAAUUUUAAAAUGAUUUGGAGGGACAGUAACAUGUUUAAACUUAUCAUAUUAUAACAUCUUAAGUGUUUAAAAACCAUUUAUCAAAAUAUAAAUGUAUAUAUACAUGUUAUUUUUUUAAAUUAUACUUUGAGAAAAAAAAAACGUGUCAUAUAUUUAUCUCUUUCCAAUGCUAAAUCUGAAUAAAUACAUUGAACACACACCAAAAAACAAUUGUGUGUGGGUGGGCGCUAAUUCGCGGUUUUUCACUUUUUGCAGUGACUUCUGGUCCUCAUUAACUGCGAAAAACAAGUGAUCACUGUAUAUAUAUUUUGACACCCAGUGCCAGAAAAAAAUGAGAUCUACGAAGAAAAGAACACAGUGCCUACAGUCAAACAUGGUGGAGUUUCAGUGAUGUUUUUGGGGUUGUUUUGCUCCCUCUGGCUCAUGACGCCUUGACAGUGUGCAAGGAGUCAUGAUAUCUGGAGACGAUCCAAAUGUUGUGGGCCGCAAUAUAGGGUGCAGGGUCAGAAAACAAGGGUCUGCGUCAGAAGUCAUGGGUGUUCUAACGGGAUAAUGAUCCCAAACAUACCUCAAAUAACACCAAGAAAUGGUUUGAGACAAAGUGCUGGAGAAUUCUGUCGUGGCCAUCGAUGAGUCCGGAUCUAAAUCUAAUUGAAAACCUAUGGAGAGGUCUCAAAAUUGCUGUUGCCAGAAGGCACCUGGAACAGUUCGCAAAAGAGUGGUCCAAAAUUCCAUUUGAGAGGUGCACGAAACCUGUUGAUGGUUAUAGGAAACGACUGUUUUCUGUUAUUUCUUUCAAAGGAUGUGCAACCAAAUAUUGAGUUGAGGGUGCCAAAUUUUGUCCAGCCCAUUUUUUUGCAUUCUGUGUAAAAUUGUGUAGAUUUCGGGUUUUCUCUUCAGAUUUUUUGUGUUUUUCCGGUGCAAAUCCAAGAAAUAAACACAUCCUGUGAAAACA